AUGGACAAUAUUCUUGACAGUAUUCCCAUUAUCGAACAAGUUGCAGGCUUGGACGUCCCUAGCCAUUCUGAAUCUGAUUCUGAACUGAAUACUCUGCUCCUGCUGCAGAAAAGACAUAAAGUUCUUUCAACGUGGGACAUAAAAGACAUAAUGAAGUGGCUGAAGGAGGAGAAUUGGGAAUGA